AUGGGCGGCAAAGGCGGCAAAGGCCUCGGCAAGGGCGGAGCCAAGCGCCACCGCAAGAUCCUCCGUGACAACAUCCAGGGCAUCACCAAGCCCGCCAUCCGUCGUCUCGCGCGUCGUGGUGGUGUCAAGCGUAUCUCUGCCAUGAUCUACGAAGAGACCCGCGGUGUCCUCAAGACCUUCCUCGAGGGCGUCAUCCGUGAUGCUGUCACCUACACCGAGCAUGCCAAGCGAAAGACGGUCACGUCGCUCGAUGUCGUCUAUGCGCUUAAGCGCCAGGGCCGUACGCUCUACGGUUUCGGUGGUUAG